UGAUAUUGAGAAAGCAUUCCUUCAACGUGAGACUGCAUCCCGAUGAACGGAAAUUUACCAAAUUUCUGUGGCUGACAGACGUGAACAAUAUCGACAGUCCACUCAAAGUGUAUCAAUUUAAAUCUGUGCUGUUUCAAGUUGGUGCUGUGUGCUCACCUUUUAUCCUGAAUGCUGUGAUCAAAACUCAUUUGGAUAAUAACUGUGAUAUUAAUACUGCCAAUCAAAUGAAAGACAACAUCUAUGUCGAUAAUGUCAUUGAUGGAGUCUAUUCGGAAGCAGAUGCUGUUAAAUGCUACAGUGAAUCUACGAGCCUCAUGAAUUCUUGUGGAUUUAAUUUACGUGCUUGGUCAUCGAAUUCUCCUGAUUUGUGUGAACUUGCUACCCGAGAUAACAAAUAUGAGCCCGCCGACGAAGUUUCUGUGCUUGGUAUGCGUUGGAAAAUUACACCCGACGUGUUGACACAUUCUCGUGUUAACAGUCAACCUCAAGUCGCGUCGUUUAUUACAAAACGUGACAUUGUAAGUUUCACAGCGAGUGUAUACGACCCGCUUGGAUUAAUUUCACCGGUAUUGGUACGCGCCAAACUAUUUAUUCAACUUUUGUGGAAGUUGAAAUUGGAGUGGGAUGAACCACUAAGUCCUGAACUUUACGAACAAUGGAUCUUAAUUGCUGAGGAUUUAACCGCUGCUCGUGAUAAUCAAAUCAACCGGAAAUAUUUUGACAAGACUUCUCCAGGUGAUACCUAUCAAAUGCACACUUUCGCAGACGCGAGCACUUCCGCGUAUGGUGCUGUUGUGUUUCUUCGUCGUCAGCACGAAACGGCUCUUGUCAUGUCAAAGACACGAGUCGCCCCUAAAUCGGAAUUAUCUCUGCCGAAAUUGGAAUUAAUGGCUGCACUGAUCGCUACGAGACUCGGUAAACUCGUACUGAAUGCUCUAUCGGACAAAUUCAAUAUAACUGAACAUUUCCUGUGGUCCGACAGUCAAGCGACCUUGCAUUGGAUUAAUAGCAGUAAGAAGUUGCCAGUAUUUGUUCAAAAUAGAGUGCAAGAAAUACGCGACUUCACACAAGAAUAUAAAUACUGUCCAACCGUGGACAACCCCGCGGACUUACUAACGAGAGGUAUAUCAGCUAAUGACCUCCGUUCAAACCCCAAAUGGAAUUAUGGGCCGUCAUGGUUACCAGAUCAACAAAUGUGGUCUACAUGGGAUGUGAACAAUGCUACUCAACUACAUGUCAACAUCAUGAAGGAAGAUGACGACCUCGUCAACCCGGAUACUACUUCGCCAGUCAUCAACGCACAAACCGCUCGUGAAGCGACUGAUGAAAGUGACAACUCCGGCGUUCAACGCAUUAUUGACAUCAUCCAGCGAUGA